AUGUCGUUGCGGCUGACAGUCUCCACUUGCGAUUUGGAUAUGCGGGCAACGGGCGACGACAUUGCAAUCCACCAUUUAAGAGAUAUUCGCUACCCCGGGGUUUCUGUGCCGUAUUCACAACCGGAAGAGCACUUUGCCACCAUGGAAGCUCUGUCAAGCACUCAAAGUUCUACUGCUAUCCCGGGACCCUUUGCGUUGUCCUCGUGGCUUUCUACCAAUGCUGAAAAAUUGAAACCUCCUGUAAACAAUUCAUGUCUUUAUUCGGGGAAGGACUUCAUAUUGAUGGCCGUUGGGGGCCCGAAUACCAGGAAUGAUUAUCAUAUUAAUGAAACAGAGGAAUGGUUCUUCCAAGUCAAGGGAGAUAUGCUUCUGAAAAUCGUUGAGAACGAUACCCACUUCCGCGAUAUUAUAAUUCGAGAGGGUGAAACAUUUCUUUUGCCUGCAAACAUCCCUCAUUCUCCAAGAAGAUAUAAAGAUACAGUUGGGCUUGUUAUGGAGCGCACUCGCCCUCCACGAUGUAUAGACCGAAUCCGAUGGUAUUGUGAAAACACAGAGGCUCAUACGGAGGCUCCUGGGAUCAUUAGAGAAGAGCAGUUCUACUGUGAGGAUAUUGAAGCGCAGCUUAAGGACGUGAUUGAAGAUUGGAUGGUAAAUGAAGCCAGCCGGAAGUGCAGUUCUUGUGGUCUGGUUGCGCCAGCCCACUAG